AUGGCUGAAGCUGCUUGUUCUCACAUCCUCCAGUCCCUCCAGGGCCAUGUCAUCUUCCUCGCCAACCAGGGACUCAUCUCGGACGAAUCUCGCGCCAUCAUCUUGGGAGAGCUCUGUAAUCUCGAUCUUCAGGCCAUCUCUACGCCUUCAAUCAACGACAACACCAACAGCAACAUCGACAGCAACAGCAACGUCCAAUAUGCCUCGACAAAACCAUUGACGACACUACAGCGCGAGUCGCAGGAGAGUCGCCCCUCGAUUGAUACCGAACUGCAAAUGCUUGUCGUACCUCCAAAGUCGGCUGUUGUCCCUGUCAGCCAGCCUACCCCCUCACCCCCUUCCAGCAACAGCAAUAGCAACAGCAACAGCAACAGCAACAUCAACAACGUCUACCGCUCUACCCUAAACCACCAGACUGUCAUCGGCCGCGCAGACAGCGAGAGUGACGAAGAGGACUUUCGCGACUCGGAUCUCGCUCACCAGGAACGCCUCCUUCGUCAGGAGCAGAACACUGACAUUAUCACUGGAGAAUUGGACAACCUCGUCGCUGCUAGCGCCACCGACUUGGAGGAAAGCGAGGUCGGCGUCCUGGAAGGAGCCGAUGAGGACGACGAAUACGAGGAAGAAGAGACUGGGGUCCAGCUCGAGCGCUCUUUAAGCUCGCCAAGCCAAAAGCCUGAGCUGCCCCCACUACUCUUCUCGAACACCCAUUCCUACGACUCUCGUCCCAACAGCUUUGACUUUUCUUCUACCCCAUUGAACAACCCUGCGCAGGAGCGAACAUUGGAUGCCAGUAACAAGUCAUCUGAUGCUGUCGCUCCCCUUACUGUCGUUGCCUCUGACGCUGCUGCAGCUGCAGCAUUGCCACAAUCGCACACCCCGUCUUCUCAGGGCUCUAUCCACUCAACAUCAAACGCCGCUGUCACGUCUCCAUCUAUCCCAACAGUUGUUGCACCAGCUCAGGCUAACCAGGAAGCGCUCUCUUUCUCGACGGCUUCAACAGGAGCAACAUCCACCACAACAACAACAACACCCGUUGCUCUGCCCCCUCCCUCUGCUAAUUUAGAGCGAUCUGAGCAACAUCAUUCCGCCACAGAACACCACAACUUUGCUCCAGCCUACGUGUCUACCGCGUCCCCUGCCCCUGCUCCUGUUCCUUUCCCUGCCUCGACAGCCGCCUAUGGUGCCGUCCCAGUAGCAUCACCUGUUGCCGCCUCGGGCCCCACCCACGUUAAUGUUCCCGUCACAUUCCAACAGACUGCCCCUACUUCGACCGGCUCAGUUUACUCGCCAUCUUAUUCCACCCCCGCCCAAGAACAGCCUACGAUCUACAACCCUAACCAAGCCGUCUCUCCCCCUGCUCCAGUUGUUUAUCAGCCUCCAGCCCUCUCCCAGACCCAGCAGCCAGUCCUAAGAGAGACUCCUGCCGCCGUCAUUGAGGAGCACGUCGCCACACCUCAAGGAAUGCAUGGACAUGAGCAGUCGUACUCGCGACACCUUCAUGACGCCUCUGCCAGCACAGCCCUCUCCAACGACGGAAAGGACUCGAUGACUUCAUUGGACUCUGGAAAGCCAUCGGAUCAGGCACCUACUCCUCCUCCCAAGGAAGAGUAUCAGAAGCCUGUGACUUACCAGCCCCCAUCGGCUCAGCCUGUUCAGGGAGCUUCGCAGCCCGCGCCCGUUGGACCUGCUUCGUCCUUGCCCGACCCCACUUUGCCCCAGCCAUUGGCUAUGCCUGUGCAGGCGUACCAGCUGUACCAGCCAAAGCCCUAUCAACCAAAGCCCUAUCAGCCAAAAUCGAAGCCCUCGGUCAGGCAGCCACCCAAGCAGGUCCAGUCACAGGAAGCAGUUGUGUCCGCUGCCGCAGUUCAGCCCGAGAACCAGAUCCAGCAGCAGCAGUCGGUCCAAUCUCAGCCCCAGUCUCAGUCUCAGUCUCAACCUCAACCUCAACACCAGGAGCAGGCACAGGCGCCUUUCCAGGCCCAGGGACAAUCGCAGACACCUGUCCCAGGAUUAGCGCAUCAGUCGCCUGAACAACAGCAACAGCAAUUCCAGCACCAAUACCACUUGCAGCAGCAAUACCAAGCGCAGCAGCAGAUGCAACAGCAACAGCAACAACAGCUGUUCUUCCAGCAACAGCAACAACAACAGCAGCAGCAGCCAUGGGCAGGGCAGCACCCACCCAUCCACACAGGACCUGAAGUGAGCAACGUUGGCAGCUCUGGUCCUCCUUCUGCCACCUCGUCCGCCAACGAGUCGCCUGCCGCCAGCAAGUCUACAGGAAAGGGCUGGAUGUCUGGUAUUCGCACCUCGUUCAUGCCCAAGGGCUCCAAGAAGGAUUCGAAGGAGUCCAAGGAGGCCAAGGAGGCCAAGAACCAACAUGCGGCGCAGGACAGCCCCUCGCAAAUUCAAGUCGCGCCUGCAUCAUCGGCUGUUCAGCCUCAGGCACCUUUCGGACACCAACAACAGUUUGAAGGCCACCCUGGACAAUACGGCAACACUUCAUUGCAGUACGGACAGCAACAGCACCAGCCCCAGCACCAGCAGCAACAGCCUCCCUUCCCUGGUGGACAGGCUCCAGGACAAGGAGGAUACAACGGCGCCAACUUUGCCAACCCAGUGUCUGGUGCCCCUGGAUCGUCGCCUGUAAGCCAGCGUGAGAAUAUUGCUGGAGCGACCCCAGGCAGUGGCGCACUCCCAGCUGCCGCAGCGGCACCUGCCAAUUUUGCAGCACCAGGACGUCAAGACUCGUUCCAGAAUGAGGCCUCUGCUCAGAUUGCUACACCUCAGGCCCAGCAACAGCAGCAUUUCCAGCAGCAACAGUUCCACCAGCAGCAGUUGGAUCAACAGCAUCAGUCGCCCUACGCCACCAAUGCUGUCCAGCCAGCUCUGCCAGCAGUCGCUCCGCUAUUCCAGCAACAGCAGCAGCCUCCUGCAUCGGCCGCGCCAAUCACUGUUGCGCCUGCAGUUACCGUGCCUGAUUCUCAAGGCGCACAGGCAAACGAUGACAAGGGUAUGAGACGUCUUUCCAGCGUGUCCAACUCUUCGUUCAACAACGCUUCGUUGAAACCUGAGACAAUUGAUGCAGCUAAUGCUGCUUCUGCCGCUAUCCAAGCCGCUCGUAUUUCUACACCGAGCACCUCAUUGCCUGGCCAGGUCAAGGUGGACUCCCCCGUCACCAGCCCUUACCAACUGCAACAGCAACAGCAGCAACAGCAGCCUAUGGUAGCACAACAGGAACAGCGCCAGCAAGCUCCAGGAUCGCCCUUGUCUGAUGCUGGCUCCCGAAUCUCGGUCCAGUCUGGUGCCUCUGAGGUCCGCAACUUGGAGGUCAUUGCUCGUGCCCAGGCCAUGUUUGACUUUCCCGGAGAGGACCCUGGUGACUUGCCCUUUAAGGUCGGCGAUAUCAUCAACGUCAUUGAGUUCUUGAACGACGACUGGUGGAGAGGUACCCUCCGGAAGGAUCUGGGUAUCUUCCCAACUGCCUACGUGCAAAAGUUGAACGCUCCUGUUAAUGGAACAUACCCAAAGAUCUCGGUCACUGUCCGCCAGUCGAUAGUCGGACCUUCGCCCACAGAGCAGGCAGGAUUUGCCAACUCCCUUCAGCAGCAAGCAUCAUUCAGAGCAAGCUACCAGCCUUCGUCGCUUGAACCCGCCACAUCAUCGGCCUCUGCGGCCGGACUUAUCCCAACCCAGGCGUCUGCCGCAGCCCCUGGUCCAGAUGCGAAUGCCCCAGGAGGAGGAGGAGGAGGAGGAGGAGGAGGAGGAGGAGGAGGAGGAGGAGCAAACUUCCCCGCACCCCCUCCUUCUUCAUCCCCCUUCCCAGCACCACCACCCGGAUCCUCGGCCAUGUCCCCUACGGCGUCGUCGGUGUUCACGUACUUUCCCACCUCAGGAAACCAGCCUCCGAUCUCGCCUCCCCCAAGCUUGAGGAACCAGAACCAGCGUCUUCCUUUUGCACAGGGACAACCUGGUCAGGAGAACUAUGGACCCCCCGGCAGCCAGCCUCUCUCGCCCACUUCGGGUCAGCAGAACCGGUUCAGCCAGCAGCCACCAAACAUGAUGCAGUUCCAGCAGCAACCUGGCCAACCUGGUCAGCCCGGACAGCAGCCACAGUACCAGCAGUACAGUCAGGCACCUUACCAGUACAGCCAGCAGCAGCAGCAACAGCAGCCUCUUAGUCCUACCGCUGGCGGAUCUGUUGGUUCCAACUCGCAGAUGACGACUGCUCAGAUGGCUGCUGCCGUCAAGCCCAAGAAGAAGUUCGGCCCCAAGUGGUAA